AUGGUUCUCAUUGAAAACCAAGAGUACCUCUGCGAAGAGGAGAAGCGCCUCAAGCAGGACCGUGAGCGCACUGCUUACUGGAAGCGAUGGGGACCCUAUGUUGCUGAGAGGCAGUGGGCCACAGGUCAGAUUCCACUCCAACGGCACUCUGGAGUCAUGCUAAUACAUACACAGUUCGAGAAGAUUAUUCGUAGGUUGACUGAUCGCUUCAGAGAGGAGACACGGCUAACAAACUUCAUUCAGUGCUGA